UAAAAGCGGGCAAUUACAGGAGGUUAUGUUUACGUCUAAUUUUGACUACAUUUAAAUCACGAUGAAUUGUGAGGACCAAGUGAUACAACCAAUAAAUCGCGAUACAGUUCACCGAAUAUGUUCUGGUCAAGUAGUCUUAAGUUUAGCAAUCGCUGUGAAAGAACUGGUCGAGAACGCCAUUGACGCGGGGGCCACAAUCAUCGACAUUCAGCUUAAAGAAUACGGCUCUGAAAUCAUUGAAGUUUCAGACAACGGGAGUGGAGUUCUAAAAGAGAACUUUCAAGCUCUCACUCUGAAACACUACACUUCAAAGAUAAAACAGUUUGAUGAUCUGGAAAACCUCUCAACUUUGGGGUUUAGGGGCGAGGCCCUUAGCAGUUUAUGCGCUUUGUCUGAUCUUAGCAUUGUAACAAAACACACAAGUGCGGAAAACGCGACUAAAAUUACCUACGAUAGGAGUGGCAAAAUUAUCAGUGAGACGGUAAGUGCGCGGGAAAGUGGCACAACAGUCACUUUGGAAAAUCUGUUUUCAACACUGCCAGUGAGGCGCCGAGAAUUCACUAAAAACUUGAAACGAGAAUUUAAUAAAAUGUGCCAGCUACUAUAUGCUUACUGUUUGGUAUCAAAAGGGAUUAAGUUUUCGUGUACAAAUACUACGAGUAAAGGUAGCAAGAACACGGUAGUGGCCACAGAGGGCUUAAACAUGGUCAAAGACAACAUAACUAACGUUUUUGGGCCUAAACAACUCCCUUCUUUAAUUGAGGUUGAAAUGGUUAGACCUGACGAGACGAUAUUGGCUGAAUAUGGAAUCAAACUAACUGAAGGAGAUCCCUUGCCUUUUACUUUUGAGUUCUUUAUAUCAAGUGUCAUGCAUGGUAGUGGACGCAGUACCAAUGAUAGACAGUUUUUUUACAUAAACUCACGGCCCUGUGAUCCCUCCAAAGUCGCAAGAUUAGUAAAUGAAAUUUAUAAACAAUACAAUAACAAUCAGUAUCCGUUCGUUUACCUAAAUAUCACAAGCAAGUCGUCUUUAGUUGAUGUAAAUGUAACUCCAGAUAAGCGACAAGUAUUUUUAGAAAAAGAAAAAGUUUUGUUAAGCACAAUUAAAGCCUCUUUGAUUGAAGCUUUUAAAAUGUUUCCUUCCACGUAUAAAAUGCAAAAUUUGGACCUUACACAAAACACGACAAUCAAAGAUUUUUUUAAAGACAGUGAUUGUUCACCGAGAGGUUUAAAAAGAAGUGUCACUGAGAGUGAACUUAAAAAAGGUAGCACUUUGGAGAGAUUCAAAAAAAGGUCUAAAACCGAAAACGAUAAAGACUUGUUGGCAAGUCCCAAUCAUAGUUCUAGCUUGAAAGAAAAAAGAAAAGUUGAUAAUAAUUCCCAGCUGGAUACUUUUAUUAAAAUAGCUUCAGAAAUUAUUGCUAGAGAUAAACGAGAAGAGAAAUCAUUUAAUGCCCUUUGUGAAGAAGAGGAUAUUGAAGAAACAAAGACAGUAUGUACCAAUACUUUUAUUAAAACAACUUCACAAAUUAUUGCUAAAGAUGAUUGUGGUACAAAUAAAUCAGAGGAGAAAUCCCUUAAUACCCUUUGUGAAGAAGAUAUUAUUGAAGAAAUAAAGACAGUAUGUAGCAGUACUACCAAGGAAGCGGAAAAUAUCGUCACAAUUCCUAAAACCAUCAAUGAAUGUGAAGAUAAAGAAGAAAUCGAAAAAACAAAUGAAAUUAAAAUUACGAAAUCACCUUCACAGCUAGAUAAUAGAAUAGAAGAAAAGAAAGAAAAGAAAGAUUCUGGAGAAGAGCCAACAAAAAACGAAUCAAAGUUCGAAAAAAGUGUAGCCGAGGAUAAAUUAUUACAAGAUGCGCCACUGAAAAGUCGUGAGUCUCGAAAAACAGUAAAUUUAGAUGUUUCCUUAGAAGACAUUAGAAAAUCAAUAGAACAAAAAGUCACAAAAGACAAUGAUAUCAAAGUGCGUUUUCGUUCGAAAAUCAAUCCAGACUCAAAUAAAUCUGCAGAAGAAGAGUUGCGAAAACACAUCUCUAAGGAAGACUUUGCUAACAUGGACGUAAUCGGUCAGUUUAAUUUAGGUUUUAUUAUCACUAAAUUAAAAAACGAUUUAUUUAUCAUUGACCAACACGCAACCGACGAAAAAUAUAAUUUCGAACAACUGCAAGCUAGUACAGUCAUGGAAAACCAAGUCCUUGUCAAUCCAAAGCCUCUCCAGUUAACGGCAGGAAACGAAAGUCUGCUCAUCGAAAAUGAGGACAUUUUCAAUAAAAACGGCUUCACGUUCAAAAUCGACGAGUCGGCCCCGUGUACUCAAAAAGUGUCUCUAACUUCAAUACCACUAAGCAAGAGUAUGGUAUUUGGUAAGCAGGACAUUGAGGAGAUGCUCUUUAUGUUACAAGAUUCGAAUCACACAAUGUGUAGGCCAUCUAGAAUUCGGGCAAUGUUUGCAACUAGGGCUUGUCGCAAGUCCGUCAUGAUUGGAAAACCUUUAUCAAAGAGCGAUAUGAGGAGGCUAGUUAACCAUAUGGGCGAAAUAGAACAACCUUGGAAUUGUCCACACGGACGACCAACAAUGCGUCAUUUAAUUAAUUUAGACUUGAUACAAGAAGAAACGUAGAUGAUUUCACAAAUCAUUUUAGACUUGAUUAUUUUCAUUAAAUUGUCCACAUGGCCCACGAAUGCAUCAUUUGUUUCAAUUUAUUAAAAUAUUUUAAACGCU